AUGGACUUGAACUGGGAAAGUCCCAGCAGAAGAGAGGUCGCGACAACUGCUACGUUCAUCGACUCAGAAGCUCACAAGACUCAUGACGGGUUUGGAGGGUCGUCCAAGCUCGACCUGGAACGAGGGGAGUAUGUGAAGUUUCGGCCUUACUUGGCUUUGAAGAUCUACAUAGACACCGUCCUGGGCAUCCGUGUCCAGGGGGAUAGCUGGGAUGGCUUGUGCGAGAAAAUAAAUGGCAUAGAAGAUCGAUACCGCAAUCGUAAGGAAAGUCUUUGGCAUUUGAUAUGGUACAAGAUGGGCGACUAUAGUAGUAUGCUCGACGGGUGGGUCGCCCUCAUACCAGACGCGUAUGGGCUUACUGUAGUCAAAACUGGUCUUGCAGUGGUGUUCAAGCUUGCUGAACACUCAGCAGAGAAACGCAACAAAAUCUUCAAGACGUUCGCGGAAUUGCGAAAUGCCCUCAUGCGAGCGGAUCCAACACGAACGAGCUUUCGAGCCAACAAGGAAGUCGCAGUUUGCGCGGAACAUCUCUAUCAGACCGUUGUGGAUUCUAUCGAGGACAUGAUACUAUUGACCUCGCAGGAGAAAUCCACAUGGCGAAGGCUCAUUCCUAAGUUCAAGCAUAAGACACCUGCACCCGAUCCUGAUACAAUUUUGCAAAAUGUAGUAGAUCACACCAAGGAUUUCGAGCGGGCUGUUGGCAUGGCUCGAGACCAGGUCAUCGAGAGCACAGCAGUGGUGUCUCAGGAUACCAACAUGAGAACUACUAUGAUCCAGUGGGAGGUGAGCUCCACGAAGAACAACACGGAGAUCCUAAGGUCAGAUAUCGAGAAGAAAAGUGAGAAUAGCGAAAGAAGACACCAAGAGUUAUGCAACUUCAUCAUCGGGCAAAUUGAGGCGAAGAGCAAGAUCGCCAAGCGAGAGAGCGCCCUGGAAGACGGCUCGCUAAGUCUAAAGAACCAACUCAUGACGCUCCUUCUCGAGGUGGUCAGCAUGAAUCGUUUCUGUGAGAUUAUAGUCCAGCCCAGCUCUACUGAAGACAAGCCACUCGAUAUAAAACGCAUGUUCCAGCACCCAAACGAAGACUUCAGACGAGCCCUCGUGCACAAGAGUAGGUUCAAUGCAGCCACUCAAGGCCAAGUCCAAUCGCUGCUGCGACAUGAACGGUUACACCGAUGGGUAACCCACCAUCACCCCGAUUUGAUUCUCGUCGACGCGAACAUCAAUUCAUCCGGCCUGUCAAAGGUUUCCGCAAUAUCAGUAUUUUGCGCCACCUUGGUCUCUAGCAUGAUCGAAGUGCAUCCUGACGACGUGGUUGUCCAAUUUUUCUGUGGAUUACAUACCGCUCCCCUGGAUCCCUGGCACGGGCCGAACGGUCUAGUCCGUUCGAUUAUCAUGCAACUCUUGAUGAAACUGGUCAAGAUGAAUAUCCUAGAUUUGAAGUUCAUCAACAAUCGGGACUACCUGAGAGACCUCGAGGAGCACGACUUAAACGCACUCUGCGACACACUCUACUCGCUUGUGCCUCAGUUCCCAGCCGACACGAGAGUGUACUGCAUCAUUGACUCCAUUUCUUGGUUCGACAAAGACAAGACUUUUGCAGAACUAGCCACUGUAAUGGAAUGGUUGCAAUGCAUGGUGGAGGAUCGGUCACUGAUUCCUAUAUUCAAGAUAAUGCUGACAAACCCGAUGAAAAGCAACAGGAGAAUGAAGGAGCUACCGGUGUUCAAGGAGAACCCGUCUAGAAUUGUCACUCUGUCUUCGAGGAACCUGAUACCCAUGGGAAUAUCUAACAGAGCGAUAGAGCGUCAACUUUCCAGAUCCCCGUCUCCGUCACCACUCACACCCAAGAAGGGGGUGUCUAGAACUGCAAGACCAGAAAGUUAUGAUGAUGAUUAUGAUGAAUGGUAG